AUGGAUGAAGAACUCAAGAACUUGAUCAAAGUAUGGGUUUCUGCAAUAAUCUCGAUAUCUUAUUGUUACUACAUACCACCUAGAAUCAAAUCUGGUGUUCCUCGAUUACUCUCUGUUUCCCCUGUUCUUGCUCUGUUUCUUCUUCUUCCUCUCUUUUUCUCUUCUCUCCAUUUAUCUUUAAUCACAGCGUUUUUCCUCACAUGGCUCGCUAAUUUCAAACUCAUCCUCUUCUCGUUCGACAAAGGUCCUUUGAUCCCAAUACCACCUAAUCUCCCUCGAUUCUUCUGCUUCACUUGCUUCCCCAUCAAGGCUCAGCAAAGCCCUAAAUCUCAAAACCACUUGCCCAAAUUGGUUUUCGCCAUUAAAGUUGCGAUCUUUGGUGUGCUAUUACAUUUGUAUGGUUACAAACAAAACCUUCAUCCGAUUGUACUGUUGGGUCUCUAUUUUGUGCAUCUCUACUUAGAGAUUGAGAUUAUUUUAACGUUCGUCAAAGUUCUUGUUUUUAUCUCUCUUGGCUGCGAUCUUGAGCCACAGUCCAAUAAACCAUACUUAGCCACAUCUCUACAAGACUUUUGGGGUCGUCGGUGGAAUCUCAUGGUUCCAGCGAUUCUCCGGCCAGCUGUUUACGCUCCAAUGCGGCGAGUCUCUGAACGUCGAAUGAGUUCCGGUUGGGCUCUGUUUCCGGGGAUCUUGGUGGCAUUCAUCGUCUCUGGUUUGGUUCAUGAAUUGCUCUUCUUCUAUAUGACACGUGAGAUGCCUACAGGAGAAGUUACUCUGUUCUUUAUGUUACAUGGCGUUUGCACUGCCGCUGAGUUGGCGGUGAAGAAGAAAACCACGGUGAUGCAGCGGUGGCGGUUGAGUCCGGUGGUUUCCCGACUACUCACGGUGGGGUUCGUGUUUGCAACUGGUGUUUGGUUGUUUACACCUCAGCUUAGAAGGAGCGGCGUGAUGGAGAGAUUCACAUAUGAAGCUGUGAUGAUCGUUGAGUUAGUUAAUUCGGUUUAGAUAGAAUCUGAGAUAAGGAAUAAAAAUCAUUUU